GGGGGGCUCCAGCCGCUCCGCGCCACCGUCCCCUUCCAGCUCCACCAGCGCCGCGGAGACGGGGGCCGGGCAGCUAGCGUUCCCUGUGCUGCUGCUGUUGAGAAGACCUGCCGUCCCCGGCAGCCCCGUGUACGGCGCACCUCUUCGCUAGACACCAUCGUGGGCUCGUACCUGUUGGGCCAGUGGCCAAGGGAUGCUGAAGGAGCUUCCACUUCGUGCAUGAAUGACAAAGCUACCCAGACUCCGGUGUCCUGGCAUGACGCGGAAGUGGGGAAAGCCAGCUCCAGUGCUCACAAGCGUUCUGCUUCUUGGGGUAGCACAGAUCACCGCAGAGAGAUUGCCAAACUGAAGCAACAGCUCCAGCGAACAAAGCUAAAUGGCAGAAGUGGCAAAGAAAAGGAGAAGAGCUCCCCACUCCAGGGCGACCAUGCUGUCCUUGGAUCGCUCAGGGACUCUCCUUCAGGCUUCCUUUCUCCAUCUCCCAUUUUGAGGCUCAGCCCCUGCUUGCAUAGGAGCCUGGAAGGGCUAAACCAGGAACUGGAGGAAGCGUUUGUGAAGGAGCAGGGAGAUGAAGAGCUUUUGCGGAUAUUGGACGUCCCAGACGGCCACAGGGCGCCAGCGCCUGCCCAGAGAGGCUCUGGAGAUACGUCCCUGACUCUGGAGCCCAGCAGCGGGAGCUGCAGCAGCCUCUCUCUUUCUCCUUCCCCUUCCCCUUCUGUGCCUCUCCGCCUUUCUCCACGCACCCCGGUGAGGCUGGCAGCGGAAGAGCCCUCCUCUGCGGCAGACGAGGUACAGCCGGAUCCGAAGGAGAAAGAAGAGGGCAGCCCUUCACCAGUCCUGGCCUUUGCUUCUUCUCCUCGACCCAACCACAGCUACAUGUUUAAACGGGAACCUCCCGAGGGAUGUGAGAAGGUCCGGGCCUUUGAAGAAGCUUCCUCCCCCAGCCCUGACCAGCCUUUUCAGCCUUCCUGUCCAGAUAAGAACAAAGUGCACUUCAACCCCACCGGUUCUGCCUUCUGCCCUGUCAGCCUGGUGAAGCCUCUCUUCCCAAACGUGGGUUUCCUCUUCAGGGGCUUUCCAGCUUCUUCCAGCCCUGGCACGGGCACGUUUACAUCCUGCCAGCCCACAGCUCCCACUCCGUUCCUUGGGGUGCGGAAGGACGCCGCAGUAGAUAGCUUCAGCGAGGUGUCCAAGUCUCCUUCACUGAAUUACGAACACUGGAAGCGCGGCCAGCCGGAGGAGAGCGUCGUCUUCCACAGCUCUCUGGUGGUGUGAAGCCUUUGGGAAAGCUAGCCAGCAACAACAGCUCUGGCUCCUCAGUGUGUCUCUGCCAGCCUGUAGAGACUAGUGCCUUGAAGGUGGGAUGUGAGAGCCGAGAGGCAGCCCUGGGAUUGAGAACCACAGCAGGCUUCCUCCGAGGAUGAGAGAAACUGUGAAGUACAGUGUGCCACGGGACUCCUCGCUGCUGGAGAGGCUUGUUUCUCCGAGCCUCCCCUGUUCAAAGCACUUUCCUGCGUUGAAUUGUCUUUGUUUCCUGUGUGAUUGUUUUGCUGGUGAAGAGCAGCCGGGCACUGCUGCGGGGAGCAGAGGCAAACUCGUGCUCCGUGGCUCUGUGAGUGAGGUUGAGCUGGGAGGAUUCAGGUGGGGGUUCCUAGCACCCCUCAGCCCUGCGGCUGUCCGGGAUUGCUGAACCCUGGGGAGGGGGGAGAAGGGGCCUGUAGGACGGCUGCCCUUGGAUAUAUCGGAGCAGAAAAUGUUGUGUAUCUGCGUUAUUAAGACAGCUCGUCUCCCUCGGAGCACAGAGAGGGCUGGAGAGCAGUGGAGCCCUGACCGUGCCUCCCCUGGACACCUUUACCCCUUGAAACAAGCCUGGAGCUUUAAGAAUGCCAUGCUAAAUGGGGAGAGCGCAGGUGACAAUGCAGGCUUCCACAGAUCCGUGCUCUGGAAAGCUGCUGUGACUGAGGGCGAGGGAGGCAUUAGAGACACGAGCUGCCUGUCCGGUUUCCUUACGCGUGGGCAGAGAUCUUCCAGGUGCCUUGGCCGUGCUGCAGGAAGAGGGGAUGGAAGUGAAAACUGGCAGUGCACAAAGGUCCCUGCUCGAGGCGGGUUGUUGCUGCUGUAGAGAAACUACCUGCUGCUUUCCAGCCGUGAGCCCAGCCAGCCCGGCUGGGGCUGGCUCCCUGGGGUGGGGUGGAUGGAGAGGGGCUCCGGGGCCCCGCUGCCUCGCGGAGGGGAGACUUUGUGUACGGAGCUGUGACCGCGGCUGGGCAGGGGUCUGAAGCACUGCCGCAUCCAGCAGUGCUGUCCCGACAUGAUGCCUUAGAAGGUGAAGCGAUAACACGGGAACAUUGAUUGUAAAGCCUCUUGACAACAAAAGUAUUUGAUUUUGUGUCUGUUGCAAAGGCUCUGGGUUGUAUUGAAGAAGCCUCUUUUCUUGUAUCCGAUGUAGAAACUCUAUUUUCUUCCAAAGACACUAUUUUUGCAGCUGUUUUGAAGUUUGUACUUUAUGUAUGUAUUGCAAAGCUUAAAGGAGGAAUGUUAGCUUUGGAGUUCUUGUCUUGUGUUUAGAGGGGUUUUUUUGCAGAUGCUGGUAUUGCCAGUUAAAAGGAAACAAAAUAAAUAUUUCAGGCAUCCAGA